AUGCGUGCCACGUCGCUCUUUACCCAGUCCCUUCGCUUGCUCCCCCUCAUUGCCCCUGCUGUCUUCGCCGCACACGGCCUCCCCGACAAAAUCUAUGGUGUGAACCUCGGCUCUUGGCUCCUUGUCGAGCCAUGGAUGCUCCCUCAAGAAUGGAAGGACAUGGGUGGCGAGUCCUGCUCGGACUGUUCCCAAUGUAUCGCCAGUGAAGGUGCCUUCGCUGAGGCUUAUCCCAAGACUGUUGAUGCUACUUUUGCCAAGCACUGGGAGACGUGGUUCACCCAGGCUGAUGUCGACAAGCUCAAGGCAGCCGGCAUCAACACCGUCCGCAUUCCCCUUGGUUACUGGCUUGUUGAAGCCCUCGUCGAUCGCAAGAACGGAGAGUACUUCCCCAAGGGUGGUCUCAAACACCUCCGCCGCGGUCUGGCCCAGUUAAAAAAAGCUGGCAUCGUCGCGAUUCUCGACCAUCACGGUCUUCCUGGCGCUCAGGACCCCGGUCAGCAGUUUACCGGCCGCUGCACGCCUUGGCCUCAAUUUUACACUUCACGCAACUACCACCGGGCGCUUGUCUGGACCGCGGUCAUGACCUCCAUCACUCACCAGGACGCUGAUUUCAGCAACGUCGUUGCGCUCGAGGCGGUCAACGAGCCUGUCAUGGAAGCGGCCAAGACCCCUGGUUACGGCGACUUCUCCAAGAACUUUGUCCGCGUCGUCCGCGCCGUCGAGUUCCUUCUCCGCAUGGGUAUCCCCUCCAACGGAAACCUCAAGACUGCCGCCCUUCCCGCACAGAAUACACUGACGGGAAACUUUACCGCCGACCUCCCCAGCAUCUCUGACGUUUCCGAAAUCUUCACACCUGAAGUUCGCGCCGCCGUCUUGGAGUCUGUUCCCAUUUUGCUCGGAAUGGGCUAUCUCGGACUCUUCGUCAAUGGCCGCAAGGAGCCACUGAUUACCAACUUCAUGGACGUUAGCUGGCAAUGGGGAAGCAGCGUCUCCAACCCCGCUGACGCAGCCAUCGGGCCCCAGAUCUACGACAACCACCUCUACUACGUGUUCGGCGGUGUCGCUGAUGCCAACCCUGAAGCCUACAUGAAGCACAUUUGCAAUCUUGAUCGCGUAGAGAACGAUGCCGCCAAGGGCAACAGCCCACUCUACUUUGGCGAAUGGGGUCUGCCCACCCAGUUCGAAGCGACGGACGAGUUCCUCAAGAAAUGGGCUGAUGCACAGAAGCUCGCCUACAGCAAAGGUGCCGGCUGGGUUUUCUGGAACUUCAAGAUCGAGAAAUCGACGCUUGCCGGCGACCUUGCCCGCGAAUGGUCCUACCUCGAGGGUCUCGAGCGUGGCUACUUCACCCAAGACCCGUCACAGCUCCAUGAUCCCCAUGUCUGUGACCCCUACCUUCCUGGCGCAAGCACCAGCGCACUUCCCAGUUCAACUGCAGCGGCUCCUUCGCAGUCUGCGAUCGAGUCUGCUCAGCCAUCAUCCGUCCCCCAGAGCUCUGCUGCUCCAUCCACUUCUACUCCCGCCCCAGUACUCUCUCGUCGUAGCUCCCCAGUUGAUUCACCAGUCCUUGCUCGCCGCAGCUCCCCAGUUGACUCCCCACUCCUUGCUCACCGCAGCUCACUAGUCCACUCUCGGGUUCUCGCCCGUCGCAGCUCUCCAGUCAAUUAA